CAGAGACAGGAUUGAUGGUACUUGCUCCAACACACUGAAAUAGCUGCUGCACUCAGCUGCAGAAUGCCUCAAGUCCUGGGCAACAGCAGUUCACAGGAAGAGGCUGCUGUAUAUUAUGCAUCAGAAUCAAUUGUCUCCAUUACUGUCUUCACCAUCGUUUUCAUCAUAGGUGUCCCAGGCAAUGGGUUGGUGAUCUGGGUAGCUGGUCUGAAAAUGAAAAGGUCUGUGAACACUGUCUGGUUCCUAAACCUUGCUGUGGCUGACAUCAUGUGCUGCUUGUCCUUGCCCUUUUCCAUUGUUCACCUGGCCCUCCAUGAACACUGGCCCUAUGGCUGGUUCCUCUGCAAAGUUAUUCCAACAGUCAUAAUCUUCACCAUGUUUGCUAGUGUCUUCCUACUUGUGGCCAUCGGCAUUGAUCGGUGUCUCCUGGUGAUGAAACCUGUCUGGUGUCAGAACCACCGAACAGUGAAAUUUGUAUCACUGAUAUGCAGUGGCAUUUGGAUGCUGGCCUUCAUUUUCUGCUGCCCUGUCUUCUACUACCGUGAGACAAGCACUUACGACGGCAAAACGGAGUGUGUGUACAAUUUUGGAGUUGAUUACGUAGAUGAUCCUGUAAAUGCAUCUGUAAAUGAGUUAUGGGAGGAAUACGAAAUCUACAAUGGUAGUGACUUUUGGGGAGAUACCAAUGAAGGUAAUGACUCCAUAGCCCUUGCAUCGGUGGUAAUAAACAUCACUAGGGUUGUCUUUGGCUUUGUGCUGCCCUUUGGCAUAAUGGCAGUUUGCUACGCCCUUAUUGCUUUCAGAACACAUGCAAAUCAGUUUCACAAGCCACACAACAGGACACUGCGAACAAUCGUGUUCGUGGUAGCUGCGUUCUUCAUCUGCUGGGCUCCAUACCACAUAGUUGGGAUUCUCCACAUUGUACCUAGUCUUGGAACAGGAUGGAAGGAGUCACUGAUCCUGUGGGAUCAUUUCUCUAUAGCACUUGCCUAUGCCAACAGCUGCAUCAAUCCCCUGCUUUAUGUUUUUGUGGGACAGAACUUCAGGGCAAAGGUACGGCAAUCAGUGCAAAGAAUCUUGGAAGGUGCCUUCAGUGAUGAACUCACAUCUUCAAACCUUCACAGAAGCCAGACUUCAGGAGAGAAGAACGUUAUCAGCACCUUCUAAUGCAAGACUUCCUAUCACCACUGUAGAAAGGGCAAGCUACAGCACUACACAUCAAUUACUCUCCACUUAGCAGAUGGUUUUGCUCCAAUAUGUUUGAUUAAGCUGCAGCUCCAACCCAGGACACUGCAAUCAUUCAGCUCAUGACAGAUAACUGUAUCUUACUCUAGAGAGAUAGGAAGUUGGAAGCACCAAGAGUAAUAAUCUGAGGGAUGACUGGUGAAGCAGAAGACACAGUAUUUUAACUUACAUAGACUAUUUUAAGAAAGCAGGGCUGGCUAAGAUUUGUCGUGGGAAUGAUGUAGUUGAACCUCUCAAUUGAGGUAAGAAUGUAACUUUAUUUGUAUAUGUUUGUGUUCUACAUCUCCUGUCUCUGAUAAAGUGCAGAUAAAACUAACGUGGAUAUUG